CCUUCCUUCCCACCCUUUGCGACAGUAGCAAGAUUGGCAUUUGCGACAGUCUCGUUGAUAUACAGCCUCGACAUGAGCGUCACCACAACUGUGACAGCGCGCGAGCCGAUCACGGCGGAUAAUGUGCUCCGCCUGUUCGGUGAGCAAGUAAACACGGCAGUCAUAGGCACGAGGAGGUCGGAAGCAGACGACGCUGAGCUUCAGGGCUACGACGAAGAGCAGAUUCGGCUCAUGGACGAAGUUUGUAUCGUUCUGGACGAGAACGACUCGCCAAUUGGCAGCGCAAGCAAGAAGACAUGCCACCUUAUGACGAACAUCAACCAAGGUCUCCUCCACCGCGCUUUCUCGGUUUUUCUCUUCGACCAGGACAACAGGUUGCUCCUCCAGCAACGUGCCACCGAAAAAAUCACCUUUCCGGACAUGUGGACGAACACGUGCUGUUCGCACCCGUUGGGCAUCCCGGGCGAAACAGGCGACACUCUCGAGACCAGCGUCCUGGGCGUCAAGCGUGCGGCACAGCGAAAGCUCGAGCACGAGCUGGGUAUUAGGCCCGAGAGCGUUCCAAUCGACGAAUUCAACUUCUUGACGCGGAUACACUACCUAGCGCCGAGCGACGGAAAGUGGGGAGAGCACGAGAUUGACUACAUUUUGUUCAUCAAGCCGUCCAAGGGCGUGGAGUUGAACAUCAAUCCGAACGAGGUGCGGGACACCAAGUAUGUGAGCCAGGAAGAGCUGAAGGCGAUGUUCAAGGACAAGGAUCUAAAGUUCACGCCGUGGUUCAAGCUUAUUUGCGAAAGCAUGCUUUUUGAGUGGUGGUCAAACCUAGACUCGGGCUUGGAGAAAUACAUGAACGAGGCGACGAUACGGCGAAUGCUUUGAGGCAGGAUAAAAUGACGGACGUUUUAGCCAAGUAAGGGGAUGAUCACGUGCCGAUGUACAAAGGGCUCUUGCUGCUCAAUGCAAAUCCACGUAGACACAUUGCGAGUAGUUAGGGUCUUCACAAGGGGAAGAGGGGAGAGAAGCGGAGGACUGCUCGUCCCUCAGUGACUGCUGUCGCUAUCUUGAUAUCCACCGUAAGCUUGUUUUGAAUCAAAGCCUUAUCGCAUUCGGCUCCACG